AUGAGCGGUCUCGCCGAUCCCCAAUCUAGAAACACCAUCAUUUCUGGUGCUACAGAUGCGCCGGGCAGGACACGAAAGCUUCCUGUUCUCUCCUCCUCCAUUCCAUCCUCCGGCUCCUUGUCGAGUGAUCCCAUGGACAUCACUCCUCCCGCUUCUGCCGCCACCGCAGGCACUGCACCCCCAGUCCAUAGCAGCCCCGAUAGCGAUCGAGCGGGCGCAAACACCGUGACGACAUCCAAUGGCUCUCCUGAAACCGGAAACUUGAACAACCAUGCGACUCAAAACCCAGCUAUUGGUGCUGCUGCCGCAGCCCAGCAGCCGAAAGUCGUGCAAACUGCCUUUAUUCAUAAACUCUACAAUAUGCUGGAGGAUCAGAGUAUCCAGCAUUUAAUAUCGUGGUCCGGCACCAAUGAUAGCUUCGUCAUGUCUCCCACCUCCGAAUUCUCCAAAGUCCUUGCCCAAUACUUUAAACAUACCAAUAUUUCCUCCUUCGUCAGACAGCUGAACAUGUAUGGUUUUCAUAAAGUGAGUGACGUCUUCCACACCGGCUCUCCGGACUCCGCUCUUUGGGAAUUUAAACAUGGAAACGGGAACUUCAAGCGUGGCGAUCUGGUUGGGUUGCGCGAGAUCAAACGACGAGCAUCUCGCCAUGCGCUAAUCCACCGAGAUUCGUUCCCCGGCCAUAAAGCCGCAGUCUCGCAACCCGGCACGCCUGCAGAACCCGUGUCUGAUACUGAAACACGGCUCAUGAACGUGGAACAUUUACUUUUUGAUAUGCAUAAUCGCUUAAGUCGCGCCGAGGAGGGAAAUGUGGCACUCAAUGCCAGAUGCCAGGCUAUGGCGGAGAGUAUAACUAGAUGUUACCAUUGGACCCAUUCGAUAUCUCGAUUUUUACAAGGCAUGAUCCCUGAUCGCGAAAGUCUUUUAUAUCGGGACGUGUCGAGUAUGCAGGCCGAGUUGGAGAAGCACCUUGAUGCUGUGCGCGCUCUUGAACACCCUGCGGAUGUAUAUUUAAAUGUCCGACAACCGCAUGUUCCGAGUGUCGCAGUUGACCCAGGUCCACCAUUGUCUCCGCGCCAGAUGCCCCAAGAGGACAGCCGUCGCCCAUCCAUGAUAGAUCCAUCUAGACCGAACAUGAUUCGUCCCCCGGUACCAGCUCACUUAGCCGUUUCGCCGCGUCGUUACGGCUCCAUUGGCGCAGCAAAUUCCUCCCCCAACUACAACCGUCCACAAGUCCCAUCAGUCAUUACUCCACAACCUCCAGUCCCGCAUCCCCUUUCAUCCGCUUCAUCUCCCCCAGGGCCGAAUCUAGCACGUCGGCACACGUCGGCAGACAUUCGCCAGCAUGGAUGGCCGCCACCUGGUGUUUCCCCUUUCACCCCUCAGGUGUCCACACAAGGCCCAGGUCCUUGGCCCCCAUCACCGCACAGGACUCCUACUUCCACUGAUCAACAAGUGCGAGAUGUAUUGGCUCAAUACGAAAUGGGAGCACCACGUCGCCUCCAAGAUGUCUCGCGCCAUGCCACUCCCCCGCUGAACCCUGAUCAACCGGGACCUACCGAUAAUGGAUGGGGAUUUGGAGCGCCGAGGUUCCCUCGUCACGAGUCUUCCUUGCCUGCAACACGACGGUCUAGUAUGGCGAGCAAUGUACAUUCCCUGCUCAACCCAGCCGACACGGCGGAGCGGCCUGAUGAGGACUUACACAUUGUUGAGGAUCGAAAGCGGAAGCGACUUGAAUAA